CUUUUUGAUUAAUUAAGUACAAAUACAGUUUACUUCUGUUUAUAAUUUUUUCUUUUAAUUUGAUUUAAUUCAUUCCUUCUGCUUCUUUGAAUUGGUUUACAAGUUUUAUAUGGGUCUCGAAGGCUGUAGAUUCUUGAAUUAUAAAGCAAUGUUUCUUUUUAUUUGUUUCUGUUCUGUAUCUUGUGGGGUGCUGAUAUGAAGAAUUAAGCUUCAAUUUGUCAUUUUUAUAUUUCAGUUUUUUAGUUUGUAACAACAUUAGAAUAAGAAAGUUGGAGACACCAAUAUGGGAAGCAAACAUUCAAGGCAUCAGGAUCAUCAUCGUGAUUCAUAUGGUUGUAGGGCUUCAUCUAACCCAUGCUCUUCUCCAAAUGUAGCAAGUUAUGCUGUUUAUGAUGAUGGAAGAAGCAAGCCGCAGUCAAGGUAUUCAAGAAUCGGUGAUGAUUACCAUUCUCUUGAACAGGUGACAAGAGCUCUUGCACAAGCUGGGCUGGAAUCUUCCAACCUUAUUGUAGGCAUUGAUUUUACCAAAAGCAAUGAGUGGACCGGUGCACGAUCCUUCCAUCGGAAGAGCCUGCAUCACCUCGGGGAUUCUAUGAAUCCAUAUGAACAGGCGAUUUCAAUAAUAGGAAGAACACUGUCAGCUUUUGAUGAGGAUAACCUCAUCCCUUGUUUUGGCUUUGGUGAUACCACUACUCAUGAUCAAAAAGUUUUUAGCUUCUAUCCGGAUGAUCAAUUAUGCAAUGGCUUUGAGGAAGUCUUGAGUCGUUACAGAGAAAUAGUCCCCCGUGUUAACUUAGCUGGACCGACAUCUUUUGCUCCAAUCAUUGAAACUGCUAUCGAAAUUGUGGACAAUAGUGGUGGUCAGUAUCAUGUUCUUCUGAUCAUUGCUGAUGGUCAGGUUACAAGUAGCGUAGGGACUGUUAAUGGGCAGUUGAGUCCUCAGGAGCAGAAUACUAUCAAUGCCAUUGUAAAAGCAAGUAAUUAUCCCUUGUCAAUUGUGCUGGUUGGGGUGGGUGAUGGACCAUGGGACAUGAUGCACAAAUUCGAUGACAACAUUCCUUCUCGGGCUUUUGAUAAUUUUCAGUUCGUGAAUUUCACAGAAAUUAUGUCGAAAAACAUUCCCAUGUUUAAGAAGGAGACAGAGUUUGCUCUGGACGCGUUAAUGGAAAUACCAUCCCAAUACAAGGCUACAAUAGACCUCCAACUCCUAGGCUGCCAAAAAGGUGCUCCUGGAAGGAAUGCUCUUCCUCCUCCACUUGGGAAUGGCUCGGUUAAUUCCUAUCCCACAUAUAGCAGGUCAAGAAGCAAUGCUGCUUAUGUCCCUUCUACAGAUCAUUCUUCGGACAACAGGCACUGUCCCUCGUGUUUAUGGAAUAAGAAAGAUCUUGCUUUCGGAUGUGGACAUCAGACAUGCUAUGAUUGCGGGAAAGACUUGAAUCAAUGCCCCAUUUGUCAAGCCUACAUAACCACAAAGAUAAAGCUGUACGAGUAAGCUGAGAUGCAAGUUCAGAACUUGACAGGGCUGGGCUUUGUUGGAUUAAUGCUUGAGGUCCACAGAACUGCUCUUUAUCUAUCAGAGAGCUUUUGCACAUAUCUUAGUGGUUAGCCAUUUUAAGCAUAUACAUAAACGAAAAGGUUUAUUUGAUUUAAUUUACUGUUGUUAACUCUUGGUUUCAUGAGAAAUUUUCUUGUUGUUUCCUUGUAAAUAAUCUACAAACUUUCAGUUACUUCCUUAAACAUGUUCUACAUCAAUCAUAAAUUAUUUAGUUCAUUGCCAUGUAA